AUGGGGGUGAAAUAUUCCUAUCUCUUUCUUAUCUAUCUCGAAAUAUUCCUCUCACUCUGUUCAUAUCUAUCUCUCUCACUCUGUUCAUAUCUAUAUCAUUCUGUUCCUAUCUAUCUAUCUAUGUAUCUCAGAAAUAUUCCUAUCUCUCUUUCUCUAUCUAUCUCAGAAAUAUUCUUACCUCUCUUUCUCUAUCUAUCUAUCUAUCUAUCUAUCUAUCUAUCUAUCUAUCUCACUCUGUUCAUAUCUAUAUCAUUCUGUUCCUAUCUAUCUAUCUCUCUCUCUAUCUCAUCCUGUUCAUAUCUAUCUAUCUAUCUAUCUAUCUAUCACAGUUUGUUCCUAUUUACGUCAGUCUAUCUAAUUCGACCACUUUUACUUCGAUUCGAAUUUGUUAAUAUGCUUUUUCAUAAAUUCUUUGGUAUCUCUCUAUCUAUCUGUUUGUCUGUCUCUCUCUCUAUCUAUGUCUUUCUCUCUCUCUCUCUCUCUCUCUCUCUUGUUUCCCGCUGUCUUCUCCGCUGUCACUCAAUCUAUCCUCUCUCUCCUCAUUCUCUCACUGCUCCCUUUUUCAUUUCCAUCUUUCUUACCUUUUCUCAAAUCACCUCCUCUCAUUAUUUCCCAUCUCUUUUCUUUCCCUCAUUCCUCUCUCUCCCUCUCUCUAUCUGUGUGUGUGUCUCUCUAUCUAUCUAUCUAUCUAUCUAUCUAUUUUACCUUUUUGCUUCAAGCGUGAAUCUUCUCUGUCUAUCUCUCUCUCUCUCUCUCUCUCUCUCUCUCUCUCUCUCCGUCUUCGAUAAAAGCACUUACCUCCUCACUCACUUUCUUCCCUUUUCUUAUUUUAUCUUUUUCUCGCUUUCACUUUAUUUGAAACCAUUGUGCCCUUUCCUAUCUUCAUCAAUUCUACUGGAGAAGAAGCAGUUUGAGAAGAAGAGACGCUUACAUAUCUAUCUAUCUAUCUAUCUAUCUAUCUAUCUAUCUCAUCUUUCUUUCUUUGUAUCUAUCUAUCUAUCUCAGUUAUUAUCUAUCUAUUUCAACCUGAUCUUUUGCUCACUAUCCUUGUCCUCCUUUUCUACACUUUCUCUCUCUCUUUCUCUCUCUCUCUCUCUCUCUCUCUCUCUCUCUCUCAGAAUUAUCUAUCUAUCCAUUUAUGUUUGUUCAUAUCAAUGUUUACAUGAUCUUCCAAUCUCCAUUCUUGACCUCCUUGUGUACAGUUUCGCUCUCCAUCCCUCUCCAUUCCGUCUCUCUCUCUCUCUCUCUCUCUCUCUCUCUCUCUCUCUCUCUCUCUCUCUCUCUAGCUACCUAUCUACCUAUCUCAGUUCUCAUUAUUCUAUCUAUCUCAACCUUCUGUUCAUUAUCUAUCUAUCUAUCUAUCUAUCCUCCCCUCAUCCAUCUCUCUCUCUCUCUCUCUCUCUCUCUCUCUCUCUCCCUCCCUUCCCCUUCUCGGCUAAAGUUUUCCUGCCUUUUAAUCUAUUAUUUUUUCCUUUUUCUCUCUCUCCGAACCAGCUUUAUUUUAACUUCUAUUAUUAUUUCUUCUCCAAACCGAUCGCUUUCCUUCUCCCGAACACUCUCUCUCUCUCUCUCUCUCUCUCUCCUUCUCCAGAGCACUCUCUCUCUCUUUCUCCCGAGCACUCUCUCUCUCUCUCUCUCUCCCUCCUUCUCCAGAGCACUCUCUCUCUCCUUCUCCCGAACACUCUCUCUCUCUCUCUCCCUCCUUCUCCAGAGCACUCUCUCUCUCCUUCUCCCGAGCACUCUCUCUCUCUCUCUCUCUCUCUCUCUCUCUCUCUCUCUCUCUCUCUCUCUCUCCCUCCCUUCCCCUUCUCGGCUAAAGCAUUCUCUCUCUCUCUCUCUAUCUCUCCAUCUCCCUCUCUCUCUCUCUCUCUCUCCUCCUUCCCCUUCUCAGCUAAACACUCUCUCUCUCUCUCUCUCUCCCUCCUUCUCCAGGCACUCUCUCUCUCCUUCUCUCCUCCUCUCUCUCUCCUCCUUCUCCAGAGCUCUCUCUCUCUCCUUCUUCUCCAGAGCUCUCUCUCUCUCUCUCUCUCUCUCCAUCUCUCCUCUCUCUCUCUCUCUCUCUCUCUCUCCUCCUUCCCCUUCUCGGCUAAAUUUUCCUGCCUUUUAAUCUAUUAUUUUCUCUCUCUCCGAACCAGCUUUAUUUUAACUUCUAUUAUUUCUUCUCCAAACCGAUCCUUUCCUUCUCCCAGACACUCUCUCUCUCUCUCUCUCUCCCUCCUUCUCCAGAGCACUCUCUCUCUUUCUCCAGGCACUCUCUCUCUCUCUCUCCCUCCUUCUCCAGAGCACUCUCUCUCUCUCUUUCUCCCGAGCUCUCUCUCUCUCUCUCUCUCUCUCCCUCCUUCUCCAGAGCACUCUCUCUCUCUUUCUCCCAGGCACUCUCUCUCUCUCUCUCUCUCUCCCUCCUUCUCCAACCUCUCCCUCUCUCCCUCUCUCUCCCUCCUUCUCAGAGCACUCUCUCUCUCUUUCUCCCCGAGCACUCUCUCUCUCUCUCCCUCCUUCUCCAGGCACUCUCUCUCCUUCUCCCGAACACUCUCUCUCUCUCUCCUCCUUCUCUCUCUCUCCUUCUCCAGAGCUCUCUCUCUCUCUCCCUCUCUCCCUCCUUCUCCAGAGCUCUCUCUCUCUCUCUCCCUCCUUCUCCAGAGCCUCUCUCUCUCUCUGACACUCUCUCUCUCUCUCUCUCUCUCUAUCUCUCUCUCUCUCUCUCUCUCUAUUCACGUAAUGUUUUCAUAUCUUUUUUAUAUCGAUACGCCAUCUUACUUUAUUCUCUCUCUCUCUCUUUCUCUUUGCUUACCUGGUGCAUUCUACUUUUCUAUUUUCUUACUCUCUUUCUCUUCACCAGAUUUGUUCUUUCUCACUCGCCCUCCCCUUUCCUCUCUCUCUCUCUCUCUCUCUCUCUCUGUUCAGCUUUUUCAUACCGACUCUCUUAUGCUUCCUUAUACUUCCUUACAUACCAUAUAUAAAGAAACCCAAACACUCACUCACUCUCUCUAUUUCUCUCUUUACAUUCCUUUUCCCUCUUUAAAUUGCUCGUGUCACCCCUUUCCAUGUCCCUUCCCUUCUCGCAGCUAA